UAUUUCCAAAAUCCCUAUCAGUCGGUUUUCAGAAUCAGAACCAUCCGUUUGUCGCGUUGAAGCAUGGUGAAACCGGUAGAGGUUGGGCUGUUUGAAGAUGAUAUCAGAGAAGUCGUUUCUCGUUACUAUCGGCUGCAAGGUGAUGUUCAUCAGGGAACAGUUUUGGACUACUGGAUAGAACACUUUGGAGGAAGUCCAAGCGGGUUUCUUGCAGAUCACUACGACUUGCGAAUCAAGGUCAACAACGAUGAAAACACAACCGACGAGCUUUCGUUUUUUCUCAAAGUUAUUCCCACGAAAAAUGACGUCCUCGCAAACUAUCUGAACGAAAUGGGAAGUUUCCGAAAGGAAGUUACGUUAUUUCAAAAUAUUCUCCCCAAAAUCUACGAACUUGUUCCAACCAAGCAAGUUAUGCCCAGAUGUUUACUCACAAAAGAUGAAAACCUACUUGUGAUGGAGAACGUUAAGCUCAAAGGGUUCGAUAUACUUAAGGACAAUCAUGGCUUUAUGGAUUAUGCAUUUUUGACGAAGGCCUUGGAAUCCCUGGCUCAUAUUCAUGCAGGUUCUAUAAUUUUGGAAGAACGAGACAAGGUCAGUUUAGUCGAAAAAUUCCCCAACGCUCUUCGAGAAAACGGUUGGACUGGAGUAGGAACCAGAAAGAGAGAUGUCGAAAAUGUGAUCGUGCUGUGGUGUGAAUUCAUGCGAAUAGUUGAAAGAGAUUCUUCAAAAUUGAAGAAAAUUUUAGCUGAAUUACCAGGUACCAUAAGAAGGAUGUACGAUUAUGUCAAACCUUCGCAAAAGUGGCGCAAUGUUCUUAACCAUGGAGAUCUUUGGAGUAACAACGUCAUGUUCAAAACAUCAGCGUCUGGUGAUCCACAGGAUUGUAUUUUGGUCGAUUUUCAAUUAUCACGAUACACUCCUGCGGCUUACGAUGUUAAUCUACUGCUUGCGUUGACUACAACUGGAGAAUUCAGAUCCCAACAUAUGGUAUCACUUCUGGACAACUAUUUUUCGACCUUUCAAUCAAUUUUAACGGAUAACAAAAUCGAUCCAAACGUGGUCUACACCAAAGAUGAAUUUUUAGAAAGCUGUGAGUACUACCGAUUGGCGGGACAAAUCCACGGAUGCGUCAUUGCCCCCGAGGUUUUGCUACCCCAAUGCUACCUGGAUCAGGUAUUCGAUUCCGGGGCCGAGUGUGCAGGAUUCAUGCCGCAGUCCAAGGUUCAGAUUUGUCUGCAGGCCUUCCGAAAUGAUCACUUCUAUCGGGACCGGGUAAUGGAGAUGAUUCAGGAAUUAAUCACUCAAUAAAGUAAAUUUUAAGUAUCAGUCCAAAUAUUUAUAAAUCUUCACUUGUUUCAAGAAUAAACCAGAAAAAAAUGUAG